UCCCCUGGUGCCGCCCCUCCAGGACCUCGCGCCGGGCUGGGGGCUCCCGUGCGGGGGACCUGGUUGUUCGCCGACCCCACCCGAGUCCCCAAGGGCUGUCGGGGGCCCUGCAGACGCUUUCCUUGAAACCUUGCCUGCGCCUAUGUGUUCAGAGCUGGGAAAAGCCUUAAGUUGGCUUUCAUGGGUUCUUCUGCACUAGCCUCUGAGCCCGGUGGCUCAGGGCUUCCUGGAGGAGAAGCCAGGGUUGGAUGUAAAUGGCCCUGUUUACAGUUUUUUCCUUGCUGCUAGUCCUGUCCCCUGCUGCCAUGGAGAAACGUGGCCUCCGUCCUCUUUGGAACAGCUGAAUCUUGUGCAGAUGUUUUGGCAUUAGCCAAGGAAGCCAGAAAACGAAAUCUUGGUCCUCUUCAUCCUUCAUUUAAUAUAAUGAAGAUUAUAAGAGAUGGGCUCAUAAAAAACCUUCCAGAAAACACUCAUCAGUUGGUGUCAGGCAAACUGUAUAUUUCCCUAACCAGAGUGUCAGAUGGUAGCAAUGUGCUGGUGUCUGAUUUUAAUUCUAAGGAAGAAAUAAUUCAGGCUUUAGUUUGUAGUGCAUUUGUCCCUAUUUAUUGUGGCCUAAUUCCACCGUCAUUUAGAGGUGUGCGAUAUGUGGAUGGAGGAAUCAGUGAUAACCUACCUCACCAUGCAUCUAAGAAUACCAUCACAGUCUCUCCUUUCUCUGGGGAGUGUGAUAUCUGCCCAAAGAGUAACUCUGCAAAUUUUCAUGAAGUGAAUCUUACUAACACAAGCAUUCAGUUCAGCUUAGGGAACCUAUAUCGUUUAACACAAGCACUUUUUCCACCAGAACCCAAGGUUUUAGGAGAGCUCUGUGAACAAGGAUAUUCAGAUGCUCUUCGAUUCUUGAAAGAAAAUGGUAUUCUAAAUGAGUCAAUUUAUGUUGACUUACCAUUAUUAGCAAAGAGAAACCCUCAGGAUCUUAUAAAGUACCCUAAAUGCACAAAGAAGAAAAAUAUGCCAGGUAAUAAUACUGAAGAGAAGAUGGCAAACAUGGAAACAUUUAAUGACCAGCUGAAGCAAAACAUAUGGCCACUGGAUGAAAGAAUUGUUGAGACCCUACCCCCUAAACUUCGCAAAGCAUUACAGGAAGCUUGUAAAGAGAAGUGUGGGUUCUAUGCUCAGCUCUCUAAACUCUUACCAAUGCGAGUGAUGUCUUACCUGAUGCUGCCGUAUACAUUGCCAGUGGAGUCUGCCUAUUCUGUUGCUGUGAGAGUAGUAGACUGGUUUCCUGAUAUUCCCCAUGAUGUUCGAUGGAUGCGGGGACAGGUAUAUCGGAUUGUUGGUACAGUUUGUUCUCAAGCAAGAAAUAAGCUGCUCCAUGCAUGCAGCAAAGAGGGCUUUGGUUCACUAAGAAAAUGUUACGCUGUCCUACCUAUUGCAGAGUUGCAUUCCACUUGCUGCUAUCCUAAAAUCCCACACUCUUCUGCAGACCUAGAAAGUUGGCUUUGGGAUUUUCCAUUUUGCACAGACUUAACUGGGAAGCAAGUUUCUGGCAGCAAAGAGAAGCUUUCAGAGUCAGAUUCCCAUCUUAAUUGUUUCACAAAUUCUGAAGAAUCUGGACUGGAAAUGGAUUUUGACUCUUCCUCAGAAAACAGUUUCCAGACUGCCUCAGAAGACUAAUUCUGAAGAUGAAAAUCUUGAAUGUUCUGGAUUCUCUGUCAAAGAAACUUGAAACCUGAGGAAUUAAUUUUCCUCACCUCCUGCCAACAAAUAUAGAAAGAUUUUUAUUUUGUUUACAUCAGAAUGACAGAUUUGCCUUUGCGGACUAUACAGUGUUAAGGAUUAAAAAAAAAAAGUUACUGUACAAAGUAACUAUCCAGAUCCUGGUUAAUGAGUUAAAUCACCAGUUUAAUGCACUGUGGUUAAGAUAUAGCUAAAAAGAGAUUUAACUUCAAUCUACUUGUACAUACCAAUUUAAAAUAAAAUGAACACCAAUAAAUGGCUUGUAUGCUAUUGAAACAAGCCUUUAAAGCAAACAUGGCGUUUAAAAACCCAGUCUUUUUAUAAAUAGUUCUUACAUUUUUAGCACUUGGGUGGAAUCAAGCAGCUUGUACUUUGUAAGGGGAAAAUGUUAUGUAGGACUUUUUUAAGGACCUCCAAUGUCUGUGUGUUUGCUUUAUGUUUAAAUGUAUUACUGAAAUUGUGGGGAAAUGUUACCAAUAGGGGUGUGUGAAACAGGCCAUAUUCGAUUUGGAUUCGGCCCAAAUCAGGGACCGUGAUUAGAUUUAUUGAUUCAGAUUACUGCCCCAAUUUUGGAUUUGGCUGAAUCCGAAUCUGAAGACUCGGUGCUGAUUCAGAGAAUCAGUGAUUGGGCCAUAGACACAGCUUUAAAUGGUUUUUUUUCUACAUACCUCAAGGAACCAGGCACAGCUUGUACCAACAGUACUUCCGGGUGCACCACCGAGCACAUGGCCGCCCCCCCCCCCCCCCCCCCAACGCUCCUGUGGGAUGCUCCAUCCACCCCACCAUCUCGGCAUUUAUGACCCACCUUGAGGCAUGUAGAAAAAACAUUUAAAGCUGUGUCUAUGUCCAAAUCGUCGAAUCUUUCUGAAUCUCUCCAAAUCAAUUUGGAGGGUUCUGAUUUGAUUCGGAGAGAUUAAAGGGUCUCCUGAUUUUGAUUCAGAGAUUUGGCCACCGAAUUGGACUGAAUCUCCGCCAAAUCGAAUUAGUGACCAAAGCUUUGCAUAGCCCUAGUUGCCAGCUUGGAUUACAGUACAUACUAUAACAGAGUUUAUACUAUAAUCGGGUUCUACAUUAUCCCUGAUGAUUAUCUAGAGAUGAUUCAUUGUGAAGGUGCAUCUUUUUCCUUAAUUAUCAAGAAGAAAAUUGGAUAACUGGGCAAAAUUUACCCAAAAUGUAAACAGGCAUAACUUUAUUGACUUUGAUGGAGCAAGGCACAUUUUGCAAGGGUUUGAUUCAGGCCCUUCAUCUUUAAACAGAUUAUUUAAAAAUGACUAAUAGUUGCAGAAGUUGUUUUGAAGAGUUGCACUGAAUGGUGCUAAAGAGAGCAACUUAAUAUCAUCUCAGAACUUUGUGCUGUGUUAAUAUGCCAUAAAAUAGAACAGUGUUGUGUCUUUGCACUGUGAUUUGUUACUCAGUGACUCUUGCUUACUGUAUCUUCUGUAUAAUGAAAGGGAAGCAUGUUUUGUUUUUUGUUUUUUGUUUUUUUUUUUCUUCCUUGUUGUGUAAGGGACCAUUGGGGUGGGAUAAUUUCUUCAGACAUGCUUUUUUCCAGGUCAGAAAGAACAAAGCAGAGCUCUAGACAAAUGCAUCUUGGACACUAACCUGUCUCUCUCUUUUUUUGUGCUAAAGAGCUGCAUGCGUGUCUAACUGCGUUGUAUUUAAAGAUAUGGGGAUGGAGAGUAAGUCCUCUCUACUUUGACAUUCUGUAACUGUUCUCCAUAAGGGUGUCAGUGCGGUUUCAAAUCUUAGAUAGACAGCUUAUGAGCACAUCUGAUAAAACUGAUAAGAUAAUAAAGCCAUGUAUUAUGGCACAAAUCCUUACUUUAGCAAUAUACUUUGGACAAGUAAAAAAUCAGCAAUCAGAUGGAUGUAACCUCUUGAGACUUUUGAGAGACAAAGUUUGUUUGGGAAAGAUUUGGCAGCAAAGAGGCACUGUAGUAGUGUUUGAAUUUGGGGUAGCUCGGCUGAACAUCCAGGAGAUUGUAACCCUAGAACUCUGAAAAAUGUUUGCUGGGAGAAAAUUAAUAGUGUAGGUCAAAGAUUGACUGAAAAUGUUUUCGAGAUGGAAAAGAAGAAAGGUUCUACAGAUUGGUAAAAGUAUAGUGUAAACUUUAAAUGUGUGUAGGUCUUUUGAGAAGGCAAAACCUUCACUUGCCUGAUUUGGAUUAAAUGUUAAGCUGUUCCCCUUCCCCCCUCCCCUGAAAAUCUAAACAUGUGCUAUAUUUUUAUUCUUCAAAUUAAUUUAAGAUGCUUUAAAAACAUUAUUUAAAAUGAAAAAAUUAUAAUUCACUAGGAUAUUGAAGGACUUUUAUAUUGUAAUUACUCUUUGGUGCUAUUUCACUUCAAAUGGUACUUAACUUUUUUAUUGGGGUCUUUACAUGUAUGCCUUUCGAUUCUGCAGAAUAAACAGGUAAAAGAAAAAUACUGAGAACUACUAAUUUUUAAAUAAAAGGUACAAAAUAUGA